AUGGAUAAUUAUUUAAAAAAAUAUAAUCUUCUAAAUUCAAAAUAUUUUUCCCUCCCAAAUAUUUCAAUUCCAAAUAUUUGUAAUCAAACUGAAAUUCAGUGUAUGUGGAUAUAUUAUGCAAAUAAAAUACAAUGUAAACCAAUUAAUAUCUAUAAGUGUAAUUGUCCUCCACCGAUAAGAACAUUUCUUAAAUCAUCAAUUAAUUGUUUACAAUUAACAUAUAAUUAUUUAAUUGAUAUUGGUAAUGACAAUAAUAAUAAUAACAAUGGUAAGAAUCAAUAUGGUCUGCCAUUCAAUCCUCAGCAUACAACAAAAGCCUAUCAGCAAAUGUUAAAUUUAAAUAUUAAUGAAUCAAAUUAUAAUUGUCAAUGUAAACAAUUAUAUGUAUGGUGUGAAUGGCAACCAUGGUUACCAUGGAGAGCGUAUUGUACAGGUGGAACUAAUGAAUUAAAACGUACACGUUAUCGUGAAUGUUGUACAUUGAACACUACUGAAUACAAUAAUAAUAACGAUGGACAAAAUGCACAAAAAUAUCCAUUCACAUCACUUCAUUUAUGUCAAACAACUUUAAAUAAUGAUCCAUUAGAUGGACAACGUGUAGAAGUACAAUCAAAAAUAAUAAAUAAAUGUCCAAUGCGAAGUGAAUUUGUAUUCAAACAUAAUGAUGAAAAAAAUUCCGACUAUGAUUAUAUAUUAUUAGUAAAGAUGGGGAAUGCCACGUCUGCUCCUGAUAAUGAGCCUUGGAAUUUAGAGGAAUUGGAUUAUAAUCAGUCAAAUAUCAGCGUCCCAUUUGAAUGUGCAUCACAAGCUGAAUAUAUACCAACAAAUACUGUUAAUCUGUUGACUCCAGUGAGUGAAAGAGAGGCUAAUAUUAGUAUAUUGCAAUUGAAUAAUAAUCAAGUAUCCCAGCAUUUAUUAAACUGCCGAAGUAUAUGCGAAUAA